GGAUUGGCUCGUACUUUCCGAUGUAAAACAAGGGCUGUUCUGUAAAUACUGUCCGUGGUUCACUAAUCGUAAUGAGGGGGGCUACUGCAAGAAUGUUGCUCUAAAAACUCUUGUAACCGAACCUUUGAGAAAUUUCAAAAAAUUAACAGGAUCUGAUGGACACUUGGAAGUCCACUGCAAUACCCAAUAUCAUAAAGAUGCCGUGACAGCAGGGAAAAACUUUCUAAGAGUAUACCACUGCCCGAAAAUGGAAGUAAAUAACCUCAUCAAUGAAGAACGGCUCUCUCAAUCCCAGAAAAAUCGUCAGAAACUUCUUUCUAUAGUUAAAACUGUCAUUUUGCUUGGUAGGCAGAAUAUUCCUAUGAGGGGGCACAGAGACGAUGGGCCACUCAAUUUAGAGAUGAGUGAUACAGUCUCUAAUGAGGGUAACUUUAGAGCUUUGAUUAAAUUUAGAAUUGAUGCUGGGGAUAAAGUUUUGGAGGAUCACAUCAAUACAUCAUCAUCAAGAUCCACUUACAUCAGCAAAUCUACUCAGAAUAAUAUCAUAGAGUGCUGCAAAGCAGAAAUUACUGAUGUUAUUCUGAGUAGAAUUGCGAAAGCUGAGCUUUAUUCGAUUAUGUUUGAUGAAACCAGUGAUAUUUCACAGAGAGCACAGGUGAGUAUUGUACUGCGUUAUGUGCACUUUGAAAAGGAGUUUGAAAUAAGAGAGGACUUCAUCACAUUUAUUGAUGCAUUUGAAGACAUGAAAGAAGCUGAUGAAGAUAAUCUGGGCGACGAAAGAAGUAAUAGUGAGGUCGAAAUGAGUAUUAGUGGUAAGAACCUGGGUGCAAUCAUUUUGAGAAAAAUUGACGAUUUAAAACUUCCUUUUGAUAAGUGUAUAGGGAUUGGAACUGAUGGCUGUAGCGUUAUGCUGUCUGAUAAUGGGGCUGUCAAGGAGAUACAAAAAGUUGCUAAAAAUGCUAUAACAACACCCUGCUAUAACCAUAAGUUGAACAAUAGCAUUUCAAAAUGCUCCAAUAUAAAACUCAUAGAGAAUUCAGUGAGUGUUCUAAAAGAGGUGAUCGCUUUCUUCUCAUUUCCAAAAAGAAAUACAGCAUUGAAAAAUUUUCUUGGGAAGAAAAUGACUCACCUAUGUGAAACCAGGUGGACUGAGAGGCAUGAUGGAGUUCUUCAGUUCACAACCAGUUUACCUGAUAUCCUGGCUUGCCUACAUAAAAUUUCUGAGUGGAAGGAUAAAAAAACCUCAGGCAAAGCAUCCUUAUUGAUAACCGCCUUAUGUGACAGUAAACUAAUAAUUGGUUUAUUUUGCCUUAGUGAUAUCUUGAGUUUAUCUCUGCCAUUGAGUAGAAUACUACAAAAAGAAACACUGGACCUUUGUAAGUCAGCCGAACUUCUAAAUAGCCUUCUAGAGCUGUUGAAUGAGAGAAGGCAAAACAGUAUUGAGUACUUCAAUUGUGUCUACAUGCAAGCCCAAGAAAUCGCCAGGAAAUUGGACGUUGAACUGAAAAUCCCAAGAUUAUGUGGGCGUCAAACUCAACGGUCCAAUCAUCCAUCAGCAACAACAGAAGAGUACUUUAGACUCACUGUGUAUGUUCCAGUACUGGAUAAUAUAAUUCAGGAUCUAAAGACAAGAUUCACAUCUGAUGUCCUUAACGUAUUCCACCUCCCCCUACUGCUUCCAGAGGGAAUUGUAAAUACUAGUGUGCAAGAUAUGCAAAAAUCAAUUGAUCCUAUUAUGAAUAGAUUUGGUUCAAUAAUGAAAGAUAAUCGUGACCUGUCUUCCCUGAAGCUUAAUGCAGAAAUGGCUCAUUGGAGAAACAAAUGGCAGAGAUAUAAUAAGGAAGGGUUGCCAUUACCAACAAACGCUUUGAAUGUCUUGAGAGAAUGCGAAAAAGACAUCUACCCAACGAUCCAUUUUCUAUUGAGAGUUUUGUGUACUUUACCUGUAAGUAACGCAAGCUCAGAAAGAUCUUUCUCAACUCUGCGACUCUUAAAAACUUGGUUGAGGAGUACAAUGUCGGAGAACCGUCUAGUAGGAUUGGCCCUACUUUACAUUCACCCGGAUAUAGUUAUAGAUCCUGAAAAAAUUGUUGAGAGGUUUGCCAAAUCAGGGACCCAUAGAAUAAUUUUAUAAUUUUGCCUAUCCUUGUAAAUAAACAAUUAAUAGAAACUUUGCUACGGUAGUCAAGAAUUCUUUUUAUUAUAUUACUGAUUGCUUUCCUUAUCACAAUUACAUAAAUAAUAACAGUUGUUAUCAUUAGCCUACAGUUUAGUCCUGAUUAUUGAUUUUUUUCUAUUAUAGGCCUAAUAAUUAUUAUUAGAAAUGAUUGCUUCUAUUAAAUUACAAUCUGUAAAUAGAAAUUCACAUAGAACAAUCAAUUUUCAUUCAAAUGAAGAGAAUUAUUGUAAAUAUGAUGGCAGUAUUAAACCUUUCGCAGCAUCACAAGUAUGGUACUGUAUAUAGUCCUAGAGAUUGUCUUCAAGAGAACAGUAUUCACUUUAAUUAUAUUAUUAUUGAUAAUAGUGUAGGAAUAUAUUAUAAUAAUUGUGUUUAACGUCGUCAUAUAGCAUGAUUAUGCAAUAAUGAAUUUUAUGUGUUUAUGAAUUUUCAAUAUUUAUAUAAUUCUUUAAUAGACUUUUGUAAAAAAAAUUUAACCUUCAGAAUGCUUAUUGAAUGAAAGAAUAAUAUUGAAAUUAAGUAAUCACUAUGCCAUAUGUUAUGUCUAAAUAUUCAAAUAGCGUAUAAAAAUGCAUUGUUUUUAUAAGAAUGUUAUGCUAUAAUUUAUAUUGUAUUGUGAAUUGACAAGGUAGUAUCGGAUAAUAGUUCCUUCAUUAUUGAAUAGUACUAAUAAUCCUACCUUCACUGGAAAAAUUGGAUUAAUUUCUUCGCAAUAUAAGCCUGAAUUGAAUUUCCUACAUGCAUCUAGAUUUUUAAACGGAAUAGUUCAUAGAAUGUCAUUGAACUAGAACUGAUUAUAUAUAUUGUAAAAUUAUAAUUACUGUAUACCUAUUGUAAAUAAUAGCCCAUUUAAUAGAUGCAUAUACUAUCUGCUGCUUGACUAAAGCAAGUCUGCAAAACUUAAUGUUCCUGUUUGAAUAAUAAUCCUAUUUCCGCUUCUAAGUUCCUAGAUUGAAGACUCACUAUCAAAGCUUGUAAUUUAAUUCAGGUAAUCGGCUUGCGUUUUGUCAAAUAAUAACAUAUAUCACAAAUGAAUUGUCUUAGCCUAUCAUGAAUACUAUGUUUUUUUAUUUUGAUUUUGAAAGAAGAGUUUGUUAUAGUAGCCUACUGAUUCCGUUGAAUUAAUAAAAUUUUGCAUAUAUUUUUGUCUUCUUUUCUCCUGUUACAUAAUGUCCAUAACGAAAUUGAAUUGUGAAAUUCUGUUGUAAUUUAUUAUUAGUUAAUUAUUGUUUGUUAUCAUGUCACAAAUCAGGAAAUACCGGAGAUAGUCAUUAUAUAUGAAUAUAAAUAUGUGGUAAAAUAUAUAGUGGAAAAUGACUAUAUAUAGUCAUAUAUUUUUAGUAUUUUAAAGUACCUAAGGAAUUUCCCCCCCCCCCAAAAUCCGCUGCUGGAUCCGCCCCUGCUUCUGCAAUCAUUCUAAAUGAUUCAUAAAUCAUUUUCAAUCAUCGAUUAUACAAUGAUUGGAAAAUACUUUCAAGUACUUUACUUCAAUAA